AUGGCUAACACUAGAAUCCAAGCUAUUACCCUGUUCAUUAUUUUAGCUUUGGUUUGCGCGUUUGUUCCUACUUUCUCUGUCGAAGAAGCUGAAGCAAAAUCACUAUGGGAUACAUGUCUUCUUAAAAUCAGUCCCAAGUGUGCAUUGGAUAUAAUUGGUGUUGUCUUUGAAAAUUUAACCAUCACUGAUUCAUGUUGCCACGAUCUUGUUCAGGAAGGAAAAAUGUGUAACGAUAAACUUAUCAAAUAUAUUGCGUUCAAACCACUCCUAAUUGCCAACGAAACGGAGUAUUUGAAGAAGAGUGAUGAUUUGUGGACUCAUUGUGUCUCAAUCUCCCCAACUGCUUAA